AUGGCUUCUUUUGGAAAUGCUGCCGUGGACAUAGAUUUGUUGGAAAAAGAAAUAGCUGCCAAAGAGGAAAGCAGAAGAAACAAAACUGAGUUAGCCGGAAAUAUAGCGGGUUCUUCUCGACCUGCUCCACGAAGAACUGUUAUGCAGGACGUGGAUCUUGAUACAGAGUUAGAUACUCUUGAUGAGCCGGUGUGGGACACUGUGAAACGCGACUUGAGGACUGUGUGUGCUAAGUUUGGACAUGUUAUUUUACCAAAAGGUGACAAAGAACAACUGUUGAAGGAUUGGGAUCUUUGGGGUCCUCUGUUCAUUUGCGUUGCCUUAUCGAUCUUACUCCAACAUAACUCGCAAAAUGGUUCAGCUCCUCAAUUCACUCAAGUUUUCACAAUCACCUUCUUUGGUUCAAUUAUUGUAACUGCAAACAUCAAGUUACUUGGCGGGCAUAUAUCUUUCUUCCAAUCUAUUUGUGUCAUUGGAUACUGUCUUCUGCCUCCAUUAGUUGCCGCGAUUGUCUGUUCCUUAUUACUCCAUGAGAAACUUUUCUACCUUCGUCUCUUUAUAACAGCCAUCGGAUUCAGUUGGUCAACUUACGCUUCCAUGGGAUUCCUUGCUGGAUGUAUAACGGAGAAAAAGAAACUAUUGGUAGUUUAUCCAAUCUUUCUCUUCUAUUUCGUUGUCAGUUGGAUGAUAGUCUCACACUCAUAG